AUGGCGUCAAGCUAUGGCCGAAGAGUUCAUCGCUCUCCAACAGUAGGGCACGUGGCAACUCGUACCACCUCCUUCCACGGCACCCAUUCUGGGCUCCCGGUGGCCAAGCUACCCACCAUCCGCGUACUCUUUACCAUCACUCUUUCUCACGGCUGGACAGUGCAGCAGUUGGACGUCACGAAUGCAUUUCUCCACGGCCAACUCACUGAUACUGUCUACAUGAUACAAGCACGAGGAUUUGUUGAUGAUACACAUCAGAACUACGUCUGCCGGUUACAAAAAUCAAUUUAUGGUCUUCGUCAGGCGCCGCGUCAAUGGUACACUACCUUCACGCAGUAUCUGCUCACGCUAGGCUUCGAGUACAGCAAAGCCGAUCCCUCUCUUCUCACGCUUCGUCACAAUCAGACACACAUUUUUCUUCUAGUAUAUGUCGAUGACAUCCUUGUCACCGGCAACAACGACGAUGCCAUCUCCAAGAUACUGACAAAGAUACAUUCUAAAUUCAACAUGAAGAAUCUAGGAAUAGCUCAUCACUUCCUCGGCAUCAAAAUCCAGACUCUAUCAGAUAAGUAUUUCCUAUCCCAAUCAUCCUAUGCUCAAUCAAUCUUAAAAUCCGUUCAUCUUGACGAUUGCAACCCUUUAUCUAAUCCGUCCUGCACCAAAAUUCCAGAUCAGGUACCCGAGGACGCUAUUCUAUCAGCACCAAGCACAUACAGACGGAUCAUAGGAUCACUGCAGUACCUAACUUUAACACGUCCCGAUAUCGCCUACGCCGUCAACGUGCUAUCUCAACAUAUGCACGAACCUUCCCUGCAACAUGUCUAUCUUCUCAAACGAUUGCUGCGCUAUCUCAAAGGCACCUUGUCAUUCGGUCUACCCAUUUUCAAAGCUCCGCUCAUUCUGUCUACCUACUCCGACGCCGACUGGGCCGGUGAUCCAACAACAAGGAAAUCAACCAUAGGACACUGCACCUUCCUCGGCGAUACACUCAUCUCGUGGGUCGUCAAGAAGCAGACUACGGUUGCUCGGUCCUCCACUGAAUCCGAAUAUCGGGCGCUCGCGGCCGCCACGGCGGACACCAUCUGGCUGAAGCGAUUGCUCAAUGAUUUUGUAGUUCCACACAUCCAAUAA